GUAAACUGUAAUUAUAAGGCAGGGGGCUGUGACGACAGCUCUCUGAAAUUCUUGCGCUAACAGAAAAUGACAGGGGUGAAAGAUCGGAAAUGCAAGGCUGAUAACGCCAAGGAAACAUCUCCACUUUUAAGAAAGAUCCCUGUCACUCGACUUUCGCCUCAUCACAUUGGCGCCUAUCAGCCUUUCUUAUCGCUUUUAACUUUCCCUUCCUCACUUCAGUUUUCCAAGCUCACCAGAAAAAUAAGCACUUUGGCAUAUUCAGUCUUACUGCCAUUUUCAAGCCCGCCUAAAUUCGAACACACGAACUUGUUGAUUCCUGCAAUGGCGCAUGAGGAAUGGAGCGAUCCCGAAUAUGACAUCCCUCUUCAAGACAAACGACCUUUUGGAUCAGGACUCAAACGAAAGCGAGUGGUCUUCGUUCCAGCUUCUUCGGGUAACUUAAAAACCACUGAAGAUAAUGCACCUGGGAAUUCUUCUCAAUCCGUGUCUGAUUUAUAUCUGAGCAUAGUAUUGCCUAAGGAAAAGGAACCUAGUCAAACUGCGUCAACAAAAGACUCGGACGCCACCACAUCUCAGAUCUGUGAAAUCUGUCAGUUACCGCUAGAUGAGGAUCCCAAGUCUAGCGAAAAAUUAAAAGCAGAAUCCCGACCGCACGAAGCAUCAAUAGCUCAUCAAGUAUGCAUGGCUCAUUCCCAUCCACCUUCGGCACUAGACCGCUCGCGAAUGGGUCUGAGCGUCCUCCAAUCACAAGGCUGGGAUCCAGACUCUCGAAAGGGACUAGGUGUUGAGCAACAAGGCAUGCAAUAUCCCAUUAAAGUGAAGCCGAAGAACGAUACCUUAGGAAUAGGUGUGCAGGUACCAAAGAAUCUACCAGCCAAAAAAGAGAAGCCGAAGACUUUCGACGCUAAAAAGAUACGGAAGAUGGCGUUGGAGGAUAAGAAACGGCAUGAGAAGCUCCGAAGACAAUUCUAUGGCAACCCUGAUGUGGAGAAAUAUUUGGGAACAGGCUGACAGGGCAAAGAUUCAACGGUUGUCUUAUUGUAACUGUAACGUAUGCCAUUUUGAGAGCGACUUGUCGCAUUGAGAUACCCCUUUUUUAUAGACUAGCAUUUGUUUCCAAAUGAUACAGCCACGCGUAUAUCGAAAAACAAAGCGUGAGUGUAUAAAAAUAGGUACUACCUAGGUAGGUGGUUACCUUUUCUUGUAUUCCUUUCCACGUUACGAUAGUCGAUAUGGAUAUUAUAUGUAAUAUCCAUUCCACUACAGCAUACUAGGUAACCUUAAAUACAAAGUUGCUUAGAUUGAAGUCAGAGACAGCAGCAGCAGUUAACCUUACUUGUCC